AAAGAAUUCGCAGAGAGAAGAUCAACUCUCCAUCAACCAAUGACAUGGAGAACAGAAGGCGAUGCCGUUCCAACAGCCAAUCGGAUCAGAUCCGGAGAGGGCGGGGCAGGCCAAAGACAGUUGGGCUGAAGAAGCAGGAGGAGGAGAAAGCAGGCAGAGGGAUUGGCUUGGCCUCUGAGACCUGUUUGUAACCUGCCCACUUCUCCUGGAGACAGCUGCUGCUGCAGUUUCUCCAACUCUGCUCUACCUCCCUCCACAGAGGAAAGGCCCUGCCAUUAAAGGCUCAUCCGUCGGGAACACAUCCCAGUUUCCAUGGAACUCUCAACAGAUCUCAACCUCACAGGAUAAUCCUAUUGGAGACAUUUUCAACUGCCUGGCCUCUUUGUUCACCAAACGGCAUUGUACAUGUAUGAAUGUACAGAAACAUGCGUACAUCAUAUCCUGGUUAUUCAUACAAUGAGUGAAACCUAAAGAGUAAACACUGCUGGUAUUUGAAUAUGCAAAGCAGGGCUCUUAAUGAUGAGACUUUUUCUUCUUUGUUAGGAAAAGGGUUCUGUGUGCUGUAUUGACACCUCAGUCCUUGUGAGAAACUGUGGCCAUUCUGUGAACCAGAAAGAGACCGUGUUCAGCAUGCCCCUAUGGGAAAUACAUUACCCAGAGGGCCCGGCUUCCCCAUUCACCCUCUCCAUAAGGCACAGAGACCCUGGUAUGGAGAACCGUAGGUCCUAAUCUUGGGCAGAGAGAAAGUGAUGGGAACCUCCGUCUAUAGAACUCUCCUUCUACGCACUGGAGGUUUCAGCGUAUCUGACUACAUUCAAAAGUUCACGAAAACAAAAUCAGAAGAUAGCAGAGUAAAGCCUAAAGUCACUCUUUGCGACCAGGGAACUCAGGUCCAGGAAGAGGGCUUACAAAUCACCACAGGUGACCAGAAGGCGGUAGAGCUCCCUGUAAAGGAAGCGAAGGCCGCAGACCAUGGAGUGGAAGUCCCAACUCCUCCUGAGCCCGAUCCCUGCAGGUUAUCAGAAGCUCUCACAGAGGGCCCUGCAGUCGAGGAGGCCAUAUUCCCAUCUACCAAUAGUGAUUGGGGUAGUAAAGGCUCUCGCAAGCCAAAAGAGGUCACCUUAAAGAGCAGAGAGCCCACCAGAGUCCAGACCUUUGCCCCUGAUGUGGUCGUAGCUCAGGUGGAGGUCACCAUCGAAGUGCUCUCUGAGCUGAGGAGGACUCCUGAUGUGACCAGGAUUUCGGUGAGCAGUGAGUUAGACAGUCAGUACAUCAAAGUCAAGGAGACCGAGGUUCCAAAAGGUCCAGGGCCCACUGUAUCACAGCCACCUAUCUCCACCACUGAGGAGCAACCGCUGGAGCAAGCCCCUGAAAGUGUUUCUCUUCCUUCCAAGGAUGACCCUCUCCCUGAAGAGGACUUUACAAAGGCUGCAGUCAGUCCUCAGGAACCUGUUAUCAUUGUAACACCACCAACCCCGUGCAGCAGUGCGCUCACAAGCCCACUGGAUGUGGUCACCAAACCAGAGUCCGCAACGAUUGUCCCUCAGGUCCAGCCUGAGCCGGUGGUGGCCACAGAGCAGCACAAACCUGUUCCACCUCAACCAGAGUCUGAGACAGUGAAAUACUCUGCAAAACCAGUUAUCCCUCAGCCAACUCCCUCUUUAGUUGUUAAAAACCCCACAGCCGCUGCACAGGCGGCAGGCCUGAAUGCACAACUAUUGGUCAUAGAUGACUGCCCACCCUUGCCUGCUCCCUUUGAGCACCGCAUUGUGAGUGCCAAGCAAGUCCCGAUGGGCUCUUAUUACGCUGUAAAGCCUAACGCGGUUCUUGGAGGGGGACGUUUUGGACAGGUCCAUAAGUGCGCAGAACUGUCGUCAGGCCUAAUCCUCGCUGCGAAGUUGAUCAAAGUAAAGGGAAUGAGGGAGAGAGAUGAAGUGAAGAAUGAAAUAGGGGUGAUGAACCAACUUAACCAUGUGAACCUGAUUCAGCUUUAUGAUGCCUUUGAGUCACGGACAAAUCUUACGCUUAUUAUGGAGUAUGUGGACGGUGGCGAGUUGUUUGACCGGAUCGUUGACGAGAACUACCUGCUGACAGAGCUGGAUGCCAUCGUGUUUAUGAGACAGAUCUGUGAGGGGGUACAGUACCUCCAUCAGCAAUACAUUCUCCAUUUAGACCUCAAGCCAGAGAACAUUCUUUGUGUCAACUCCACAGGGAACCAGAUCAAGAUAAUAGACUUUGGUCUGGCCAGAAAGUAUAGACCCAGAGAGAAACUAAAGGUCAAUUUUGGCACUCCAGAAUUUCUGGCUCCUGAGGUGGUCAACUACGACUUUGUCUCAUUCCCAACGGACAUGUGGAGUGUAGGAGUCAUUACUUAUAUGCUUCUGAGUGGACUGUCUCCAUUCCUGGGGGACAACGAUGCAGAGACUAUGAACAACAUCCUUCACGCCAACUGGGAUUUUGAUUCAGAGGCAUUUGAGAAUGUCACAGAGGAAGCUAAGGACUUUGUUACCAGACUGCUGAUUCCAACUAAAUGCAGUCGACUCAGUGCAACUGGCUGCAUGAAGCAUGCCUGGCUGAACAAUCUGGAGGAUAAAGCCAAAUUGCACCAGGUUCGGCUCAAGUCCCAAGUCAAGCUCCAGCGCUACCUGGCCGCUCACAAACAGUGGAAGAAACACUUCUAUGUGGUUGCUGCAGCCAACAGGCUGAAGAGGUUUCGCCAGAAUCAUCCCAUAAACACUGUAUAGCAGUGAGAAGACUGUCAAAGACUGAGUAGUUGUACCUCCAUGGCAGGCAUUCCUGCCAUUUAUGCUAGUUGGACUGAGGCAACAGAACGUGAUCGGCAACAAUGUCUGGCAUUGGUAUGCAAAUUGCAAUGGACAUUGAAGUGUACUGUAGUAUUCUAAUCACUUUUUAUACUGUACAGUGCACAACUUUGUGCGGUCUUCCUGUUUAGUGCCCACUAAAUUACCUUGGGCUCAGUGCGCUUCAAGCAGGUAGCCUACUACUUACUUCGGUGUAAUUGUUUAUUUAAUGACAACUCUUACUGACAGGUUUGAACUGCAUUGCUGAAUGUACAUCAUGUUGAAAUCACAAAUCACAUUAUUCACAAGGCUUUCAUUUUUGGUUUAUUUAAUAUGGUAAGUGAAUCUUUACAAAUCACACA